AUGGAGCACAUUAAAGAGGAACAGGUGGAGCCACAGCCCCCUCACAUUAAAGAGGAAAAGGCGGAGCUACACGGCCCCCACUUUAAAGAGGAGGAGACAGAACCACAGCCCCCUUACAUUAAAGAGGAAGAGGAGGAUUGCAGCGUCAGUCAGGAUGAAGGACUGGAGGACUUCCCAGUUAUUUGUGUGAUUGUGAAGAACUUAGCUCCACGACCAGAGAGUGACGAGACGACGUCUCACUCUGCUGACACUGAUGAAGAUGAAGACUCUGGUAGGACGCGUCACACGGACAACACACACUUGAAAUGCUCUCAGUGUGACAAAACUUUUGUUAGCAUGGGAAAUCUGAAGAGACACAUGAGAAGUCACACCGGAGAGAAACCAUUUGUGUGCUCUGUUUGCGGCAAGAGAUUCUCCCAGAAGGUGCAUUGGAGAGCGCACAUGGGAACGCACGCCCGAGAGAAACUCUGUUCCUGGCCAGGCUGCAACAAACGUUUGUGCGACAGCUCGGCGUUGGACCGACACAUGAGGACGCACAACAUAGACCAAGCACACUCCUGCUCAGUCUGCGGCAAACGUUUUAACGAGCGUACAGAAUUGGAUCGACACAUGAGAAGACACGCCGAAGAAAAACCCUUCUCCUGUUCAAUCUGCGGUUUAGGUUGCGAACGAAAUGCCGAUUUGAAAGUCCACCUCAGGUUGCACACUGGGGAAAAACCUUUUCCCUGUACAAUCUGCGGCGUAGGUUUUGCGAGAAACGCGGACUUGACGGUGCACGUGAGGCGACACACCGGCGAAAAACCCUUUUCCUGCUCGGUGUGCGGUUUAGGUUUCGUGGAGGUGCGUCCCACGGUGGACCACGACGUCCGCAUGCCGUCGUCGGCCCUCCAGAGAGCGGCGAGUGGCGAGAGGAGCGGUGGUGUGGUGGUGGAGGUGGUGAAGGUGGUGGUGGUGGUCACCGUCCUGGACAGCAAACACUUCCAGCCUCCAAGGAGGAAACGUGGAAGACGAGUGGGAGCGACACACACCGUGUUGGGGGACACCGUGCUGGUGGUGCAGGCAGGAAGUUCCCCGCUGCAGAACCUCUCAGAACCAAUCAUCAUGUCCUUCAAGCACAACAACACGGCGGGUGAGGGCAGGUGUGUGUUUUGGGAGGAGUCGGCCCAGGAAGAAGGGACAGGCUCCUGGAGCUCAGACGGCUGCGACACCAACGACUCAGGAAGUCACUUUGUGUGCCGCUGCAACCACCUCAGCUUCUUUGCUGUACUCGUGAACGCCGACGUGUCUCUGAGCAAAGAAGACGCCGUCAACUUGAGUUGGAUCACAAUGGUGGGAUCGUCUCUCUCCGCCUUCUUCUCCGCCCUCAGCCUGUUCCUCUACGUCUGCCUGCACAAGCGUCAGCCUGAGCGAGGCGUGGUUCUGCACGUGCACCUGACGGUGGCGCUGCUGUGCCUGCACCUGUGCUUCCUGGCAUGCAGCCUGGGGGCCCGCAGGGCCGGGGCCUGGCCGUGCGGGGCCCUGGGCCUCCUCCUGCACUGGUCCCUGCUGGCCACCGUCACCUGGUCGGCUCUGGAGGGCUUCCACCUGUACCUGCUGCUGGUGCGGGUCUUCAACAUCUACAUCAGGAGAUACCUGCUCAAACUGAGUGUGGUGGGCUGGGGUCUGCCCACGCUGGUCUCUCUGGUCUGUGGCCUCCUCCAAGUCUACGGCAAGUACCAGCUGCAGUUUCCUGACGCCAACAAUCAAACUUUUACGCUGCAGAUAUGCUGGAUGAGCAGCGAGUCCACUCACAUGAAGGCCGUGAUCCUGGGCACCUCGGUGGUCUUCCCCAGCCUGGUGGUGCUCUUCAACUCCUGCAUGCUGGCCCUGGUGGUCCGCAAGCUGCGGGCUGGUGGAGGCUGGCAGAAGAAGGCCAAAGGUGGUGGGGGCCGCCUGUGGAAGGACAGCGUGAGUGUGGUGGCCCUCAGCUGCCUGCUGGGGCUCCCUUGGGGCCUGCUGAGCGUCACCUACGUGUCACUGGCUGGCAUCUACCUCUUCACCGUGCUCAACUCACUGCAGGGUGUCUUCGUCUUCUUGUGGUCUUUGGCUCUCACCUGCAAGUCUUCGUCUGACACGUCCUCAUCUUCAGGUGACACUUCCUCUCAGAGGAUCAUCACCACCUCCUUCAACAACUGACACCUCACACACACUCAAAAAAAAAAAAAAAUAAAUAAAUAUAUA